AUGGCGGCAGAGACACUUCGCGAAGUCCAGCCGGAUCCGAUAGUUCUUGAAGACCACACGACACAAGUCAACCCACUGUGGACGCGUUCAGUGGAGGUCAUUGGGUACGACAUAGUAGGCUCCGAGCGAGGCAAUCCCCAGCCUGGGUCGUACGUGGUAUGGAAGGUGACAAUACGCACGACGCAGGGGGCGGUUCUGCGGUUUCAACGGCGGUACUCUGAAUUCGACGCAUUACGCAACACACUUAUCAAAGAAUUCAGCGGCAGAGGCCUGUCAAUACCCGAGCUGCCGGCCAAGGCACUGGUGGCUAGGUUUGACGGGCGGUUCCUCGAGGAGCGGAGGAAAGGCCUGGAGUACUUUCUGCAGCAGCUGCUCCUUAAUCCAGAAUACGCAGACUCGUACGCACUGCGUGCAUUUGCAAAGACCCACUAA